AUGUCCACUGUGACUCGUAGUGCAAGUGCGAGCCCAUCUGUUGGUCAUUCUAAUAAUCAACAAAAUCAGCAUAACCCAACGGAGAGACAAAAUUUUCCCCAUUCAGUAGUUGAUCCUAGUAAUUUUCCCCUUAAAUCUAUAACCGAUGUUGUGAAUUUUUUUCGGCGAUCACUUGAAGCGGGUUCCUCGAUAAGUGGAAGUGAACCCGAUUUAACAUUGCUCUCAAUUGUUGCCGGUUAUAUCGAGCUUUCAUUAACUACAGGCGACGCUGCAUUAGCUGCGGAACAUGCAUUAUCAAAUGCCGCUUCGAAUACCACUAUAUCUUCACCUCCACUCCUUGCAGCUGUUGUUGGCAGUCCUUUAUCGUCAGCACAAAACUGUGGCAUUAUAAAAAGCAACAGUGUGCCUUUUCCAGUUGUAACAUACGAGCUUGUCUCGGGUUUAUAUAAGAAAUUUCAAAGCAUACUCUCUGUUGUUGAAAAACCUAAAUCAGCUCAAAAUCGUCAAGCAACACGUGAAAUUAUCAAAAAAGUGUCUGAUGUAAUAUGGCACUCAUUAAUAAGAAGCAGUUAUAAAGAUCGAGCUCAUUUACAAAACUUAUAUAGUUAUUUGUCGGGCAAUAAGUUGGAUUGUUUUGGUGUAGCGCUAGCUGUUGUCGCUGGUUGUCAAUUGUUAGGGUAUCGUGACGUACAUCUGGCUAUAUCUGAAGAUCAUGCUUGGGUUGUAUUUGGCUCUAAGCAAAUUGAAUGUAUCGAAGUGACGUGGCAUGGCAAAGGAAGUGAAGAUAAACGCGGACAGGACAUAACAGCUGGCAUAGAGUCUGGUUCGUGGUUAUAUCUCAGUGGAUUGGCAGUUGUAUGUGAUAGAGCUAUGGAAGUUGCUGCUGUUGUAUCAGCUAUAAAUAUAUCAAUGACAACUAAUAGCGAUUGCGUUGAAGUGGCAGAUAUGCAACAAAAACUACUUUGGCUAUUGUAUGAUAUGGGUCAUUUAACAAAGUACCCCAUGGCAUUGGGAACACUUGGUGAGUUAGAAGAAAUCUCUCCCUCGCCUAAACGCAUAUCUUGUGAACAACUUUAUAAGGAGGCAAUACAGUCAGCACGCAAAUUCUACCACAAUCAUCACGUUUACCCUUACACUUAUCAGGGAAAUUUUUAUAAUCGACUUUUAAAAUAUCGUGAAGCGUUUGCUUCGUGGGCUAAUGCGGCGGAUGUCAUACGCCUAUAUACAUACAGUUGUCGCGAUGAUGAGGAAAUAUAUAAAGAACUUUUGGAUAUUGCAAAUGAGAUGAUCCCACAUGUUAUGAAGACAGAAAGUUCGGGUCAUUCUGCUAGAAGCAUUCUACGCGAUUCUGAAGUAUUUGCAAAUUUAUUGCGAUUCUAUGACGGGAUUUGUCAGUGGGAGGAAGAUAGUUUAACACCGAUACUACACAUUGGCUGGGCUAAACCAUUAGUAAACAAUAUAACAAAAUUCGAUUAUGACAUAAGAUCACAAGUAGUAAUUAAAGUCCCCGAAGAUGAAGAAAUUGCAUCUACAAAAAAAUCAACUGAAGCAACAACUUCCUCAUUAAAGGAGGAUACAACACAUAAUGAGGUACCGAAAGUGGAAAAGAAACAUGUAAUUGUGGAUGUAAAGAAAGAUGAAACAAAUAACUGUAAUAUUAAUAAUAAUAAUUUCAAGAAGGAAGAGAAGUCUUCGGCGGAUGUGAAAAAAACCGACAUCACCGCCACAUUAGCAGAUCUAACUGCCGCGUGUGGUGAGAAAAUUUUGAAUCCAGAUUUUUUAUUACAGGGAGGAGGAGAGCCAUUCGCUGAACAAAAGAAACACUUGGAACAGCGACAGAAUGUCUGUAAAAAUGAGUCAACAAAUGGCUUGAAAAAUGUUCCGAAUAAAGAUACUGUUGUCACAAAUGUCGUCCAAAUGGAAAUAUCAAAUACCAAUGCUAAGUUGUUGCAAGAAAAUGAAAAAGAAUCAUGCGCAGAGAUAAAAACACACUCACCUACCGAUGAGGAUCCCUUCGAGUUUAUGAUGAAACGUCCGGUAAUUACACUUUAUAGUCAGAAAAUGAAGGGUCUGAAAGACCUGUUGUUGGCCGAAAAAUUAAACACUCAUGCAAUUUCGCUGCAAGUUACCGCCCAAUCUGUGGCGAGCAAAAAGAUACGCGGAAUUGAUAAGCUCGGUAAUCACACGACAACUUCAACGUACGCCACAGCUCAUGUACCAGGCAAUAAUUUGCAAUCACUUCAUACAAAUUAUAAUGCAGUUUUAAGCGAUAGCAAUACCAAUUCAAAUGAUAAUGGUAGCACUGCUACAACAAUUGCUGCUUCGCGCCCUAAACGCUCCCGGCGCGAGUAAAUAUUUUGGCAGAGGUAAGCACACUAAAAUAAUGCUGUAAGGAAGCUUCUUCUUCUAUAUAUGUGUAUAUAGAUACUGGCUAUGAUAGGGUUUUAUAAAUAUUAUACCUAUUUUCUAUACUUUUAAUAUUCAUAACAUUACCACAUGAUCGAAUCGUGCUGACGCAAAAACUUUUCCAAUUCUAUAUAAUACAUACAAUAAUAUACAUAUAGUAUGUAUAUAAUCAGAUAUGAAAAUCAUAUAGCAUUUAUUCGUUGCACACUUUCGUUGAUUAUAGUCGAAUAUUUGUUAUUAAAUUUGUCAACAAGUUUUGAAUUGCUCCGGCUUGAGUUUCGAUUUUAUUUAAUGAUUCAAUUAAAUAGUUAGAUUUUCUACGCAUUUAAACUUCUUUCUAAAAUGUUUUUGGAUUUUGAACUCUUUAUUACUGAUCAUUUGAGAUGCUCAAAUAGGCCGAUCACGGAUUUCGAAAGGGCGGGUUUUGGACUAAUACUAUUAUUUUUCUGGUAUAUAGGAAUAUUUUCUUCUUUAGAGAUGAAUAAUACAGGAAAAUAGUUUGAAUAAGGUUGCCACUAACAAUAGCAACCCCCAAAACGUUCGUUUUUGACUUAAAAAAGAAUCAAAAGUUAUCUUAGGAAUACGAAGUACAAAAUUAUAAAUUUGAAAAUUUCCCGCGUAACCGGCACUGUUUGAUAAUAAAAAAGUGAAUACGACAUGGACACUGAACUAGCCCAAUAUUGAAAUUUUACAUUAUAAAACUUAAUUAUAAUUUUCGAAGUUUUUUUUUUGAUGGAAAAGUUUUUGCAAGUAUGUUCUUGUCAUUUAUGUCUUCUUUUCAAUCUGAAAAAAUAUCAGUUUAAAUAAAGAUUUAAUACAAGCCAUCUUCGAUUGGCCAAAACUUGGGAGGGUGACAAAUCGAACACACUACUAGCAUAAAUCAAAUAGACUGACAUAAGGAAAUAGGGUUAAAAUAGAGAGAUAUUGAAUCGCUUAAAUGAGUUAUCCACAAACUCUCUUAUAAUGAAUUGAUUUGGUUAACUUUGUGGUUGCUUUGACAUGUAAAUUUGAGAGCAUAGCUCAAACAUCGCGAACAGAGAAGUGGCGACUAACUUUUUACUACUACUUACCGACCCAAAUAGUUAGAUCGCCGAAAUAUCAACAUAUGGCCGGAUAAAAUCCGUGUCAAUUUCGGUAUCUUGCAGAACGUCGAAGCGAAGUGACAAAUCGAAGACGGCUAAUGUAUACACACAUAUGAAAAUAUGUGCAGCACAAGAGCAGUAUACUUAAUAUAUUUUAGUUUAAUUGAACAAACUAUUUAUUAUGUUUUUAUAGCAUAUAGUUCUAUGAAAAAAUGGUAAUGCCAAAAAGUUGCUUAUCAAAAUUACAAUGAAAGCAAUUAUUUUAACGAAAUAUGAAAUGCAUACAAAAAUAUACUUGAAAAACUUAAAGUAUAUUAGCUUAGUAUUAAGUAUAUUCUGCAAAUUUUAUGUUAAAAAUGUAUGUAAAGAUAAUGUAGAGAAUAUACUAUUCAAUAGUUGCACUUUUCCUGUCUCAUGUGAUAUGCUUUUCUAAAAGCGUUUGUAAUCAAACUAUAAUCAUGUAUAUAAAUAUAUAAGUACACAUAUACGCACACAAUCGCAGUCCUAAUAGUAUAAUAUUCUCCAAUAUACAUACAUAUUGUGCAACAGUGUAGCAUGAUUAUACUUUCCCGUUAUUUAAUUUUCCAAUAAACCUAUUACCCAAUUUUGUAUGUCUGUU